AUGUCUGUUGCAAAUAAUUUUUUCAAGACACCAUUUGGAGGCUCUCAGGGCGCGCCUGACACUUUCUCUUCUGGAGGUGGAUCUCUAAUGGGGUUGAAUAAUCACGGCUCACUCAUGAAUAACAUGGGUUCUGGGUUUGAAGGUCCACCGCGAGAAGCCAAUGGUGCUUUUACACCCGGUCGCUCUUUCAGCCUGGGGGGACCUGCAAUGAACAAUCCAACCCAUGGGCAAUCUCCAAUUGCCUCGCGAUCCAGAAACAAUCGCUCGGUUUCACCGCGUGCAAGACUAUUGCAAGUAGGUGCUACUGGACCGACAAAUCCAUUCAAAAAUCCCAAUGACUCAAGCGCAAGCCAACCCAAUCUUGGUGUCUACGCAUGUCCCAUUGUGACCCAAACACUCAAGAACUUUGAAGCCUUGUCCUUGCAGGCCGGAUUAGAUCCCGUGUCACAUGUUCUAGCUAUGAAACAGGCUGAGGUCUUUGGUGAGAACAACCGUCACUUGGGCCAAGCAAUCAUGCAUGGUCAAAUCAUGAUGGAGGUGACCAAGCUCCAGUCACAGGUAGCCAGUUUGGCUGAGCAACUUGCUACGGUCACUCAGAUUGUCAAAGAUUUGGCCUCAGCCCCCGCUUCUAACACAAUUGAGCCAAACACCACCAAUCACUCAGAUGGUGAGGGUCAGUGGGAUGCUAGUCCACAACUCCUGGAUGUGAUGAACCUGCUGGCCCUUAAGCUGAUGGCCUCACCCCAGUUGAGCGCGUACACCACAAUCAAGAACCAAGCUGAGGGAGCACUCCCAAAUUCAUUGUUCAAUCUCACAAUAGGAAGGCAACCGGCUGGCUUCCUUGAAAGACACCUUUCAGCUGUGCAUCAAGGUGUCAAGGAGGCAUCUGCCGCCAAAAGGUACUACAGUGCGAUCAAAGAGGUCGCCAAGCACACCAGGGAAAAGGUUCACGUUGUGACUGGCGAGGAGGUUGAAUUCACGGUACUAACCAUCAGGUCCAUGGUUCAAAAAGUUUCGGUUCGAUGUGGUACUGUGGGUUCCAACCCACACGUUGACGUAGUGUGGGCAGCCACCGAUUCACUCACGCGAGCUCAAAUUGCUUACCUUCGUUGUGAAGCCGCGCGGGUUCUGAUCACAGGCGGAAAAGGGAGCCAGUCAAUAUGGGCUUGUGUUGACAGGAAAUUAUCCAGUAUGCAUUUGAGGAACAAUGAAGCCUACGCAAUUGCAAGAUUGCCAGUAUUUUGA